AUGUUUUCUAAAGGAAUAAAUGAUUUGAGAAAAACAACUUCUUCUUUUGUUGUUUUGGUUAAAAAGAAAAAUAGUAAACUAAGGCUUUGUAUUGAUUACAGGAAGCUUAAUAAAAUUACCAAACAUGAUGUUUAUCCUUUGUCACAGAUUGAUAAAAUUUUGGAUACUCUUAAAGGUGCCAAAUGGUUUUCUACUUUUGACUUGGCUAGUGGAUAUUGGCAAGUAGAAAUAAAGCCAGAGGACCGUAAAAAAACUGCUUUUAUUACUAAAUAUAGACUAUUUGAAUUCAAUGUUAUGCCUUUUGGCUUAACUAAUGCACCUGCUAUUUUUCAAUAA